AUGGGGGCGUACAGGGCCGAUGAAGAUUAUGAUUACCUCUUUAAGGUGGUUCUGAUAGGUGACUCAGGUGUUGGGAAAUCUAACCUCUUGUCUCGUUUCACCAGAAAUGAGUUUAGUCAAGAAUCUAAAUCUACCAUUGGGGUUGAAUUUGCAACCCGCAGCAUUCAGGUUGAUGACAAGAUCGUCAAAGCCCAGAUUUGGGACACUGCUGGCCAAGAAAGGCAAGCUCUACGAUUACACCUGUACCGGGCAAUCACAAGUGCUUAUUACAGGGGAGCUGUUGGUGCACUAGUUGUCUAUGAUGUUACUCGUCAUGUGACAUACGAAAAUGUCGAGAGAUGGCUAAAGGAGCUACGUGAUCAUACAGAUGCUAACAUAGUUAUAAUGCUGGUAGGAAACAAGGCAGACCUUCGUCAUCUGCGUGCUGUUCCAAUAGGAGAUGCCACAGCUUUCGCCGAACGGGAGAACACCUUCUUCAUGGAAACUUCAGCACUUGAGGCUCUGAAUGUUGAGAAUGCCUUCACAGAAGUUCUGGCGCAGAUCUACCGGGUUGUUAGCAGAAAGGCUCUUGACAUUGGCGAUGAUCCUGCAGCUUUGCCAAAGGGGCAAACCAUAAACAUUGGAUCAAGAGAUGAUGUAUCUGCUGUUAAGAAAGCUGGUUGUUGCUCUGGUUAA